GGAACACUUGUCAAGCGUCAAUAGAAUUUUUGAGGUCGUUAGUUUCUUGCAGCGCGCGCUGCAUCUAUCCUUGUAUCGUCAUUCUUAAGUCAACUUGGAUAAAGCAGCCAAGCUCCUCCCCAUGGGUAGAAACAUAAUUACUCGUACAUUGAGCAAUACCGGAGCCAAAGGACUUUCAUAACCUAUAAUUGCGCAACCUGUGACUCAAGGGACUGCUCCACGGACUUUCUCUGCAGUCGCAGUUCUGUGUCACCAUGGGGGAUACGAGGAGGAUGUUGCUUAUGAUGAUUGUAUUGGUGAUGGUCUCACCUCUGCCCUUGUGGGGGGGCAUUAUCAGGCAGCUGAUCCGGGAGAAUCUGGCGGGAUCAGCGGAGAACUUCCAGGUGGUGUCGUGGAAGUUCGAUCCGGAUGUUGCAGAUCGAAGAAGUGCUGAGUUUGAAAGAAAGCACGGUGUACGAGGCCAGAAGCUGAUUGCACGCCUGGGACAGGGUGAAGACGGCUACCAGGAGGAGCGGAGACUGCGGCAGAUCGAGAGGGACGUUCAGGCCGGUUACCCGCAUGCAAAUGAUCCGUUAUGAAUGAAUCAUUAAUCGCAUCUUCUAUAUUAUUGUUGUAUAGGAUAUCGUGUGGAGUUCCUGCUGAUUGAAUAAUCAUUAUUCACUUCGAUAUAUGGUGAAUUAUUUAAUGGUAUAAAACUAUAUUUUAUUCCAUGUAACUAGCGAGUUUUACGCAUACGAAUAAUGAAAACAUAAAGUGAAACAAAUGCAUAAAUUAUAUGUGAAAUAUAGACGGAUGUGUGAAAGCAAAUGUAGUGAUCUUUCCAGUUACUCAUUUCUUUAAUAUUACUUACACGUUAAACGGAACUGUAAGUGGUGUGUCGGCUGUGUGCAUAAUUAAAUAACAUUUUAAACUCAGGUGACAGGAUAACAUGGAUACUACACUUCAUCCCCCAUCCAUAAACUCUCGUAACCAGCAUUCAUGCAAGUGUAUAUCCUGACUAAACUUGUAGUCAUCAAGUUACACAUUACCUAAGAUGUCCGUCAAGUCAUUUACAAACAUAAAAAUGUAUUAAAAUAAAUAAAGACAAUAUGUUUCAGCAUAAACUGAAACUGAAAUCGAGGUAAUGACAGCUACUAUGGCGAUUGUCUGUGUGAAUGCCAUUUUAAUGUUAUUUAUUGUAAAAA